GCCAAUAUGACCCUGCAGUGCACCAAGCCAGCGGGACACUGGAAGAUCGUGGUGUGGGAUGAGGAGGGCUUCCAGGGUUGGCGGCACGAGUUCACGGCUGAGUGUCCCAGUGUGCUGGAGCUUGGCUUUGAGACCGUGAGAUCCUUGAAAGUGCUGAGUGGAGCGUGGGUGGGCUUCGAGCACGCCGGCUUCCAAGGGCAGCAGUAUGUGCUGGAGCGGGGCGAGUACCCGAGCUGGGACGCCUGGAGCGGCAACACGGCCUACCCCGCCGAGAGGCUCACCUCUUUCCGGCCUGUGGCCUGCACCAACCACCGUGACUCGAGGCUGACCAUCUUCGAGCAAGAGAACUUCCUGGGCAGGAAAGGGGAGCUGAGUGACGACUACCCCUCCCUCCAGGCCAUGGGCUGGGAUGGCAAUGAAGUGGGCUCCUUCCAUGUCCACUCCGGGGCCUGGGUUUGCUCUCAGUUUCCUGGCUACCGAGGUUUUCAGUAUGUGCUGGAGUGCGAUCACCACUCGGGGGACUACAAGCAUUUCUGGGAGUUGGGCUCCCAUGCCCAGACCUUCCAGGUGCAGAGCAUCCGCCGGAUCCAGCAGUGAGCAGGGGACCUGACGCUGGGGAGGCACACAUGCCUGUCUGCAAGGGAGGGGCACAGAAGCUCUCCGUGCUCCCUUAUUCUUGUAACCGCGUGCACUCACGUGAAACAGUCCACGUGCAGCCAGUCCAAAAGACUAAAAGUAAUAAUAAAAAAAAGA